AACUGAGCUAAUGUUGUCUGUGGUAAACAGGUGGGAUGUGUGAUCGAUGUAAUCUUUGAAUAUUGGUCUGUGGUACAUUCGAACUUGGGAGUAAUACACAAAAGUCAGCUGAACUACAAAUUACGACGAUACGCGUGUUAUUUCGUAUUUAUUUUUAAAACAGUAAAACAACAGGCACUAUGGCUACGGGUGUAAAACCUCGUGAUGAAGACUCUAAACUUACUCGAGCUGAUUUAGAAGUAAUACAGGAUGCUAUGAAGAAUAAGAAAUUUCGAGAUUUAUUGGGUGAAUAUUGUGAAGAGAUACGUGACCCGGCGAAUCAAGCCGUGUAUCAGAAAGAAAUGACCCAGCUUGAAAAGGAGCGUGGUUACGACGUUACUUUUAUCAAUCCAAAAGGCGGUUAUGUUAUUAAGACCAGUGUAGCGGGCGAUAGGAAAGCAUUUAUUAAUAUUUGCAGUAAUGAAAAUGUAGAGAAACCUUCGUGUAAGGUUCACGAAGAAAAUGGUCAAAAAGGUAUGAGCUGGCAGAUACCGUAUUCAAUAAUACCUCCUAGAGAAGACUACAGUUCUAAAAAAGAAAGGUGUAUCAUAUAUGAUGUGGUAUUUCAUCCCGAUACCUUACGCAUGGGUCAGGUAAAUAAGCGUUUUCGGGACUUAGUAAAUAAGACAGCUUUUGAUGGACUCCAUAAAACGUAUGAUAUUCAUUUAGAUCAAAAUAAUAUUCGUUUUCCAAAAUCAUAUUAUAAAGGCAUGGUUGUUCCUGCUGUAAUAAGAAAAGAAGAUCCUGAUUUUAAACCACCAGAAGAAGAUGAAAAUCCCAGUACUGACCCCGAUGUAUUGGACAAGCUUUAUCCACAACAUAUAUACCAAGAAAAUAAUAAACCCAGUGAAACUAUUAACUUAAAUCCCAAUCAAACAAAAAGAAAAUCUAAAAAUAUUGAUUUUAUACAUACCAGUAAAAAUGGGUAUACUAUACCAAAAUAUGCAAUUAAACAGCAAAAAAAUGUUGAUUUCCAGGAUUAUACAUUUAGUAAAGACAGUAAACAAUAUUCUGCCAUCCCUAGUCAAAUUGUUGUAGAAAUUAAUCUGCCAUUAUUGUCAUCUACUAAAGAUUGCAUUUUAGAUGUUCGAGAAAAAAAGUUGACCCUAUUGUCUGAGAAACCUGCUAAGUAUAAACUUGACAUUCAGCUUCCUUACCCUGUAGAUGAGGACAGUGGCAAUGCUAAAUUUGAUAAAACAAAACAUUUAUUGAUAGUAACUUUGCCAGUAGUAAAAAAGACUUUACAUUUUGAAAAUAAAGGAACUACAAAAAUUGAUAGUGGUGUAGAGAGUGAAGAGCUUUCUGGGUCACAUAGUGAAGAGGAGACAAAAGAUAAUUUAAUUGAAGAAUUAAACUCAUUAACAUGUGAAGCCACAAUACCUUCAGAAGUACACAAUGAUGAACCAAGUGAAGAACCUUUUCUAAUUCCUUCUAUUGGAUAUACUCUUCCUGCAUACACAUUUAAUGUAUUGGAUGAUAUUGUUGCUUUCACUUUUCAUGUUAAAAACACUGAUCCGGAAUCAGUGCUGGUGAAGAAAAAUUCAAACAAUGUGCAAAUAAAGUUUUCCUCUGUAGGUUCAGGCUUUGUUCCUGUACAUUAUGCUGCAAUCAUAUCAUUUUCUGAUGAAGUCAAAUUCAAUGAUGCCUCUGGUGAAGCUUGGGAUAACAAUGUUAUCCUACAGCUUGAAGUAGCUGAUAAAGUGCCAGCUGAAUUUUCAAUUGGUUUAAGCCAGGACUCUAUGAAAAAAGAGUAUUUUGAUAUCUCUAUGAUAAAGACUGCUGCAAAGAUUGAUGCUAGUGAAAUCUUACCGGAAAUUCCAGAAGAAAGCGUAGUUCCUGUCGUUGAGGUAACCAAUUUGGGUACAGAAACCAAUAUUCUUUUAUCAACUCCUGUCCAACAAGGGUGCCAUGAAGAAGAGAGUAAAGACAGUGAAGAUAUGAAGGAAACCGAUCUUGUCAUGUCUGAGCAAAAUAAAGUUGAAAAUGGUGCAAAAAGUAUUUUGCACAAACCCAUCCCAAUGAGAAGUUUUUCAGAGUCGAGUUAUGGAGAUGUUGCAUCAUCUAUGGAUUAUAUAAGUUCUGAUUGUAUUCCAGAAGAAUCAAGUUUUAAAAAGACUGUUAGAUUUAGUGACGUUAUAGCAAGGCAAUUUUAUAGAUACAAUUCAUCUAUAGAAGGCCAAAAAAGAAAAAAUCAACGUAGGAAAAGCAAAAAGAGAAAUUCAGAAAGACGCAAAAGUGAGAGUGAAGCAGAAGACGAUUUGUCUAAUUCUAUGCAGUCUUCAAAACCUCGAAUAAAAUCAGCGCUGAAGCAACGUCGUGACAGCGGGCUGGCAGAUACUUCCGAUGCUGAACAUGAAAACAAAAACAACAUGUCUGAUUUAGAUACCAUCUACAAUUCUGCAAAUGACACAGACGAAAAUGGAAAUGAAAAUAAUCCCAGUAGCGAAAAUCAAGACAUUGAUAUGCCCAAUGGCAAUACUCACCAUAAAAGUAAAUCUAUGGGGACACCUAGAAAGGGAAAACAUGAACCAAUGACUUGCGAAAAAAUCAAGCAUAGCUCUAACAUGUAUAAUCCGGACAAGUUAAACAAGGGCCAAUAUUCGGAAAUAAAGUUUAAAAAUGAUCUCAUAUUCGAUUUAGACAUGUAAUAUUUGCCAUUUAUGUAGCAUCUACAAAAGGUGACAUUGUUUUAUAGUAUUUAGUUUUCUUUAAUAUACCAGUGGUGAUUUCUUGUUUUAAUUUUAAAAUAUUUUAUCACGGCGCACAAUUUGUUUAUUAUUUUAACGACUGUGUGUUUUGAAAUAUUUUACCUUAGAAGUUUAGGAUUGUGCGCUUAUCUUAUAGAUUUUUCCAUGAAAUUAUGUUCCUUUUCUUCACUAGUGAUGUCUUGUUAAUAUUAUUGUAGAAGUUUAUGACAAUGGUUUAUGUGCAGAUAAAUAAUAUUCAGUUAGAAUUACUGUACCAUUUUCAAAUUACGAUUUCGAUAAAUUUUGA